UGGUAUACUUCAGUCUACUGCGAGUUUUCGUAAACGCAACGACCAACUCUAAAAACGACGGUUAAAUAUUAUAAAAUAACAUUCGCCAAGCAACAAGUGGCUUUGUUAUAAUAUACACCGUUAACCAGCAACAACAACAAAAGUGUUUAAAGUGUUAAUUUUAGUUCAAAAGUAUUAGAAAAACAAAUUCUAACAAAAUGGCUCAAAUGGUGCAAAUGACUACUGAACAAUUACAACAACUUAUCGAGGCUGUACGUGUUUCAGCUGCUAGUGGAGCAGCCGCAAAUGUUGUGUCUGGAACCAAGUCCAAAGGUAGUUUCAGUAAUUGUUCAUCCCGCUUUGGCGGUCAACGUGAUCAUGAAGCUGUUGAAGAAUUUAUCACCUCAAUUGUAACGUACAAAGAAGUGGAAUCGAUUAGUGAUGAAGAUGCCUUAAAGGGUAUUUCCUUGCUGUUCUACGGUUUGGCCUCAACCUGGUGGCAGGGUGUGCGCAAGGAAGCUAAAACUUGGGAUGAUGUUUUGGCUUUGAUACGUGAUCAUUUCUCGCCCACCAAACCGGCCUAUCAAAUCUAUGUGGAUAUUUUCGAUAAGAAACAAGAUGAUAAAACCGCUAUCGAUACUUUUGUGUGCCAGAAGAGAGCCCUAUUGGCCCAAUUACCCGAUGGUAGACAUGAUGAAGAAACCGAAAUUGAUUUUGUCUAUGGUUUGCUCAACAUCAAAUACCGUAAACAUAUUGCUCGUCAAGACUUUAAAACAUUCCGUGAAUUGUUGGAAAAGGGUCGUGUUAUCGAGCACAAUAUGAUGGAAGAUGAGGCCAAUCAACAGGGUCCUGUUAGAGGUGCCAAGGGCACUAAGAGAUGUACUUACUGCAAUUUCCGAGGUCAUACUACUGAACAAUGUCGCAAACGUAAAAAUGCCGAUAAUGCCUCCAACAAUGGCGACUAAAUCAACACAACACUACAACAACUAACAACUUAACCAAAAAAGUUGAAAAACAUGAUGUCAUUUUAACUCAUCUAUAUACCAAAAACAGCCCUCAUGGUCUUUUAUAGCAAAGUACUAUGAGUUUUAGGUAAAUGACAUCAUUAAAGAGAAACCGUUAAUCUCUUUUAAAAUUUAAUUUUAUAUAGGCUGCUCUUAGUUUAAUGUCCCAGGUUUUUCUAUACAAAUUUCGAACGUUUUAUUAUUUUUAUAUAAAUGUUUUAUUUUUUUUUUAAUUUAUAUAAAAAUUUUAAAUAUUUUUAAUUUGUAUAGAAUUACUUUAGCAUUUGAUUAAGGGUUACGCCUCCUCCUUAUUAAUAUUUUACGCUAGUUUUACAAACCGGCUUUACAGGCUAAGAACGCCUGGACCUGAUAAAAUUUCUAAAAAUCUUUUAGAUUUAACAGAAAUCAUGUAUUUUUAUAUACAACCAUGCAUACAUACAUAUAUAUAUAUAUAUAUAUAUUAUAAGUCGGAUAUCUUUCUAUAUCCUUGAGCAUCAGUGACUCUCUUUAAAUGUUUGAAUUUUUUUUAGAACUGAAAUUUUUAUCUAAUUUUUCAAAACCCUUGACAAAUUUAGAACUUGUGUCUGAAAUUGUUUAAGUGUUAAAGAAAACUAAGAUUUAAGUUUUAUAGUUUAAAAAUAAUUUAAACAUUUUAGGAAAGUUGCUAAAAACCGUUAUAUUAAGUGUUAUGAUAAAAAGUCUUAAAGAAAACUUUUAUUUUAAAGUAAAAUUUUAAAAUAUUUGUUUUAAUUUUUCAACAUAAAACAAAUAUUUUAAUGUUUAUACUUUAAGAAAAUAGAAAAUUUUCUUUAAGGCUUUUUCUAACAUUUAUUAUAGCAAAAACCUUCCCCUUGGGGAAACCCCCGCAUUUUGGGAAAAUUUUGAAAAUGUUAUGAUAUAAAUAUGGCAGCAGUAUGUUGCAGACAAUAUUAUAGAAAAUUAUUUAAACUUAAGAAUUAUUUUAUUUUCUUGAGGUCUUUUCUUGAAAAGUCUUAAGAAUCUUAAAGUAUUUUCUUUAGUGCUAAAUAAGUUUUGAAAAUAUUGUCUGCAAACUUUCUGCUCCAGGUUUAUUUGUCAUUUGUUUUCUUAAUUUUCUUUUAAUGCAAAAAACUUUUCGCUUUGCGAAAAAAAAACUUUAAAACUGAAUAUUUUUUAUUCAAAUCAAUUUGAACUAAAUUGUACUACAAUGGCUAGGUUGUCGCCAUUCGUACAAUUGGCAACACCUUAUAAAGUGUUUUUAAAUAUUGAACAUUUUUAUAACACUUUUAAAGGUACGCCAGUCUUUUAAUCAUAAGUUAAAAUUCGCUUUUGGGUUUUAUGAAAUCCUCCAAAUCCCUUAAGGCUUUUUUAACUUUCUCUAUUAUCUUUAUUAUUAACUUUAGUUUAUUUUUUUGUAAACAAACAACUCAACGACAAAUAGCUUUCAACGCAGACUUAUCAACAAGUCUAAAUUAACUUUGUAAACAUUUAACGUUUGGCGCUCCCUGGAGGUGGGCCAUAAUGCAACGUUUGAAUGUUUUUUCUUACUUUAAAUUGUCUGAUUUUUUGUUUAUUUUUUUGAACUUUAGUUAAUAUCAUUAUUUUUUUUUUUUAGUUAUUA